GAACGUAUGCGGAAGUGAUGACGUUGUCGAUCGCUGUAUUGGUGCUGAAUGGAUACAGACUGGUUACAUUUAUGACACUUUAAAGUUGUUUGUUUGGCGUGAAAGCGGAUGAUGGGGUUUCGGUAAAUCCUGCUGCUCUGUGACAGCUCCUCGGAGUUCCCGAUAUUAACACCAGAAGGUGGAAGUCGCAAGCUACUAUUAGCUAAACAAUGCUAUUCUGUAUCCAGUGCUUUAGCUAGCCUCGGGCACAGUUAGCUAGUUAGCUAACUCUUUAAAUAGGCCACAGAAUUGAGGAAGAGGGGUGCACAAACUUUUAGACUUUCCCCCCAACAAAGGUAAUGGAUGACAAGUACAGCAGUAAUGUCAUUUCAGGUGGAAAACUGGGCCGAGUCGAAGUGCCUAAUGCCAGAUUGACCAGAUACAUUCUGUUGCUCUUCUUCACCAAGCUGUUAAAGGCUCUAGGAAUUUUUGAGUCGUACGACCUCCUCAAAGUCGUACAUAUCGUGCAGUUCCUCUUCAUACUUAAAUUUGGAUGUGCGGUGAUUUUACUUUUCUUUCAAAAGCCGUUCUCAUCAGGAAAAAUCGUCACCAAAAGACAGUGGAUCAAAAUUUUCAAGCAUGCCGUGAUCAGCUGUGUGAUCUCGCUCUUGGGAUUUUUUGGCCUGACGCUCUGUGGGCCGUUAAGGACGCUGCUGCUGUUUGAGCACAACGAUGUGGUGAUCAUCGCUUUCCUCACCGUCCUCUUCACCACCUCAGACGGAGGCCCUUCUAAGACGAGAGGUGCUGCGUUCUUCAUCAUCGCAGUGAUCUGUCUUUUGCUCUUCGAUAACGAUGACCUCAUGGCAAAGAUGGCCGAGCACCCCGAGGGACACCAUGACAGCGCUCUCACCCAUGCCUUAUACACAGGAAUUUCAUUUCUAGGUGUCGCGGAUCAUAAAGGAGGAGUUGUACUGUUAGUCCUGGCGCUGUGUAUGAAGGUGGCGUUCCACACGCAUUCCAGAAAGCUGUCACUGGAAAUCGGUGGAGCGAAGCGCCUGUACACUCUGUCCAAUUUGGUCGCUUCUGUGCUGCUGCUGCCCUGGGUGUUUGUGCUCUCUGCUACCACAGAGAGCAAGGUGGAGUCAUGGUCCAGCCUGAUCUUGCCUUUUGCCAUGAUUGUCUUCUCUGUGAUGAUCCUUGACUUCUAUGUGGAAUCUAUCUGCAUGAUGAAGCUUGAGGCCCCACGUUGCGCCCGCUAUGGCUCAUACUUCCUGUUUUUAAGUGGCCUGUUUCUGGCCAACUUCUGGACCCACCCGCUGACAGAUCAGCUGCGGACCAUGAGGAUGCCUGGCCAGCAAUCCAGCACUGAACAUGUGCUGUCCGGAGGAGUGCUGGUCAGCGCCUGCUUCUUUCUCAUGUCUGACAGCAUCUUGUCCUCCCCCUCAAAGAAAGGGCAGAAGGGAACGCUGGUGGGAUAUUCGCCCGAAGGAACGCCUCUGUAUAACCUUAUGGGCGACGCUCUGCAGCACAGCUCUCAGUCUCUCCCUCGCUUCAUCAAAGACUCGCUCAAGCAGAUCCUGGAGGAGUAUGAUUCCAGACAGAUCUUCUACUUCCUGUGCCUUAACUUGGCCUUCACAUUUGUGGAGCUUUUCUAUGGCGUAUGGACCAACAGCCUCGGGCUGAUCUCAGACGGCUUCCACAUGCUAUUCGACUGCUCCGCGUUGGUCCUCGGACUCUUCGCCGCUCUCAUGACCAGAUGGAAAGCGACAAGAAUAUACUCUUAUGGGUAUGGCCGUGUUGAGAUCCUCUCAGGGUUCGUUAACGGAUUGUUCCUUAUGGUCAUAGCCUUUUUUGUGUUUGUGGAGUCACUUUCCAGGCUAAUCGACCCUCCUAACAUCAACACCGUCAUGCUAGCGCCAGUGUCAGUGGGUGGCCUGAUUGUUAACCUUUUGGGCAUCUGCGCUUUUAGCCACGCCCACUCCCACGGGGCCUCGAAGAGCACCUGCUCGGGUCACGAGCAUGGUCAUUCACACCAUGGUCAUGCGCACGGAGACCACGGACACGGAGGUCACGGGCACAGCCACGGAGGUCACGGUCACUCUCACGGCCAUGGGCACUCCCACGGCGGUGGAGGAAGUGGCAUGAACACUAACAUGAGAGGAGUCUUCCUGCACGUGCUGGCUGACACGCUAGGCAGCAUCGGAGUCAUCAUAUCAACAGUUCUGAUAAAUCAGUUCGGCUGGCUGAUAGCAGACCCCAUAUGCUCUUUGUUCAUUGCCGUACUGAUCUUCCUCAGCGUCAUCCCCCUGCUGAAGGACUCUUGCGAAGUUCUUUUGCUGAGAACGCCACCUGAAAACGAGAAGGAGCUCAACUUUGCCCUCGAAAAGAUCCAAAAAAUCGAAGGCGUCUUGUCUUACCGUGACCCGCACUUCUGGAGGCAUUCUGCUAACGUCCUUGCCGGCACCAUUCACCUACAAAUCGUAUCCGAUGUUGUGGAGCAGAGAAUUAUUCAGCAGGUGACUACGGUGCUGAAAGAUGCAGGUGUGAAUAAUCUGACUCUCCAAGUGGAGAAGGAAGCUUAUUUCCAGCACAUGUCAGGUCUCAGCACAGGAUUCCAUGAGGUCCUGGCAAUGACGCAGCGGAUGGAGACGAUGAAAUAUUAUAAAGAUGGCACAUGUAUUAUGUAAAAAUAUACUAAUAGAUGUAAAUGUUUUUUUUUUUUUUCUUCCUUGUAAAUAAAACUUUUAAGAAAAA